UGAGGAUGACGAUGUAGCUCUUACCUGGCAUGUAAAAAAAACAGAAUAGUUCAAAGUUUAGUUGUUGUUGUCACGUGUGCAGAGAUCCUGGAUCUCUUUGGGCCCUUGCUGAGUCAUCGCCAGAAGCUGGAGCUGGCGGCCAUGAAACAAGUAUGGUUCUUCACUGUGGACAAGGUCGGCAAACCCCGGGGCGGCAACAACAACGACAGCUACGACGACGAAAACAACAACUACAUCCCUGUCUGCAAGGAACAGCUCCACUACCGUUAUGAGGUGCAGAAGAUGAUCGGUGAGGGAGGCCAGGGCCUGGUGCUGCAGUGCCUCGACCACAAAACCAAAACGCUCGUGGCCGUCAAGAUGCUGUCGCUGCCCUUGUGCUCCUCGACAGCGGCCCGCCAGAGGACGGAGCUGGAGGUGGCCAAGAAGCUGCAGGGCAGGGCCAGCGAUGAGCGCUACGGAGUCAUCCGGGUCCUGGACACGUUCGAAUUCCGUGGACACAAUUGCCUCGUCGUCGAGCUCUUGAAGUACGUGAACCUUCCCAACCCCCCACCACCCACCCACGUGCGUGUCCAUUGCUCCGUUCGAUAGUUGAUUUAUUUCGGAAUUAAUAUUUAUUUAAUAUUUGAUCAAACAACUAGAUUUAUCGAUUUAUCACAUUUAUUAAUUGAGUUUUACACGGAGGGCUUUUGCGACCAAUAUCAUCCAAUAUAGAGGUAUGUUUG